CCACUACUAUAAAUAAUAAUGGCUCGUCGCGUCAUCUCUUUAUCCUUCUUCUUAACGAACCAUUGGGAGUCAUUGCAAGUCACAACGACAAACAGCUCAUCUGCUUACGAUCAGCAUAUCCGGGACUCCAACAAUCACUGGAUAUGCGAAGACUGUCAUAUCGACUUCGAUUCUUGGCUGGGUCUCAAAGAACAUUACGUUCAGAGCCCUCACCACCAUUACUGCCAGUAUUGUAACUUCCAUUUCAACACCGCACUUGGGCUACAGAAUCAUUACGAGGACCAACAUGCUUACUGUCGCUCUUGUCACAAGGUAUUCAAGAACGAUUUCGGCUUGCACGAGCACAAUCGCCAGAACCCGAAGCACGCUAACAUGUACUGUGUUUCGUGCAAAAGGCUUUUCCAGUCUCCGACGUACAUCGCCCUAAAGAUACCUAUCUGCCCCUUCACCGGAUGCGGCAUGGCGUUCAUCAAUAAAUCCGCCCUCAUGCUCCAUCUUGAAUCUGGCUCAUGUCAAUCAGGUGUCAACCGACGCGCCGUUGACAACUGGGUUCGUGCCAACGACCACACUAACGUGAUAACCAACCCAGCGCGCCUCAUCACUGCGGGCGAACGGGGCAACGUUCAGCUUCUCGCGACAGAGCAGACUUGGAACGGGCGGGCCUAUGAAUGUGUUCUUUGUCACACCCAGUUCCGGGCGUUGACGGACUUGAACCGUCACUUGGCUAGCCCCCGUCAUCAGGAGAAAACCCACUUUGCCUCUCUUAGUGGGUUGUGUCAGCACAUUGAGAGCGAGCGCUGUGGUGUGACCAAGUUCAGGGCCGUCCAAGACGCCAUGAACAAUCUCUUUAAUGGGGUCCACCGCCUCACCAUGUAACUUCGUAAGUUCUAGAUGAUGAAGAUCCAUAAAAAGCUAUACCUGACUGAGGACUCUUCUUAUUCAGCCCUCGUGUUGUCUGCGUUCCUUCACAUGCCACAUCCACAUGGUUUCGUCACAGAUAAUCAGUUUCCAUUUGUUUACCGUACGCUUUUCAUUCUUCAAACCAACAUCGCCUUUACCUAUUACGAGUCACUAUCUGCGUACCUUAACAUCCUCAUCGAUAAUUUUAUUAUCAAUAGUUCUUGACAGCUCUGGCCAAAGCAGGUUUCCUGUUCCCCCUCAGUUGUACAUGGUAGUCAUACCUUACAUACAUCCUUAUUCUCCGCGUUUGAAUUGCGCCGUACAUGAUUCAUAAUCGAAGUUGUUUGUGGGUCUAGGAAUCCCAAUCUCUGACUC